AUGCCUUCGAAACCAAAAUCAAUAUUCAAACAACCAGGCGCACGGCACUUCCAGCUUGUCCACCGUUCCCAGAGGGAUCCACUUAUUCAUGAUCCAGAGGCUAGCACUCAUGUCUUGAAGCCUAUUCUAAAGGGCAAAUCAAGAGCAGAGCUCGAGCAAUCUCUGUCGCCUUCCGAGCUUGCGCAAGACCAAGAGCGUGCAAAUAUCGGCGAGGCAUCGUUAUUCGGCGUAUACUACGAUGAUACGGAGUACGACUAUAUGCAACAUCUGCGCGAGGUCGGCGUGCAAGAAGAUGGAGUCGACAGUGUACUCAUCGAAGCACCGAGCUCCUCUGCGAAGAGAAAAGGAAAAGGACGAGAUAUGGUUGACCUGACCCUACGAGACCUACCCAGCGAGGCGUUACCUUCACAAACAGAACUUACGAGGGACCAGGUGUACAGCGCGCAGGACGCGUUACCUGAAGAUAUUAGAGGACUUCAGCCGGAUAUGAAUCCGCACUUAAGGCAGACGCUUGAGGCGCUGGACGAUGAUGCGUUUGUGAACGACUCGGCGGAUGAUGAUUUCUUCUCUGAGCUCGUUGGCGAGGGAGAGCUUGAAGGGGAUGCAGAUGACCUUGAAUUCGAGUUUACGGAAGAUGGGUUGGAUGAGGGAGAGGAGACGGAGAAAGAAGAUGCUGGCACUGCUGUUGGUACGAAAGGGGAAGAGGAACGAGACGAAGGCUGGGAAGCUCGAUUUGCCAAGUUCAAGAAAUCGCUUGAAGCAAAGAUAAAAGAACAGCAGGCCGAAUCUGACCUGGCUUCUGACAUCCGUUCGGAGGGAGGUGAUACUGUGGGGCACUUACCGAACAUCUCAGUCAUCGGUGGCAAGAAGCGACGCAAGGGAGCUUCCGACGCUUCAGGCUAUAGCAUGAGCAGUUCCUCCAUGUUCCGAAACGAGGGACUGUCGUUGCUCGAUGAGCGAUUCGAUCAAAUCGAGAAAGAAUAUGAAUCCGACGAAGACGAACUCUCCGAAGACUCAGAUGAAGCACCCGAACUCCUCACAUCCCGAGAAGACUUCAACGCCAUCAUGGAUGAUUUUUUGGACAACUAUGAAAUUCUCGGUGGCAAGAUGCGUCCCGUCCUUCCGGGCGAGACCGUCACCGACAAACUCGGGACAAUUCGCCAAAGUCUUAAAGAAAUCGGAUAUGACGCACAUGCUCAACUGGAAGAAGACGAAGAUGAGAGCGAUGAGGCAUAUCGAGAACUUGUGGAAGAGAAGGGAGAACGGUGGGAUUGCGAAACAAUCCUAAGCACCUACAGUAAUUUGGAAAACCACCCAAAGCUCAUCCGUGUGCGAAACACGGAGAAGGUGCCAAAAAUUCACCUAGAUCCAAAGAUUGGCGUCCCGUCACUGAAGUCGGACGAGGACAAGAAAAGUUCUCAAGCGGAUAUUGAGGCCUCUCGAACGACUCACACCACUAUCGCACGCAAGAAAGACGAGUCAAAAGAGGAAAAACGCGCUCGAAAGCAGGCAGUGAAGGAAGAACGUCAGACACGCCGUGCUGAGAAAAAGAUCACGCAGGAGCAAUUUGCCAAUGAAAGGCGAAACCAGCUCAACGCACACUCAAAUUUGAAGAAAGGUAUCAGAAAGUUAUAG